AUGUCUGAAUUGCAGAUUGUGAAUGGUUAUAAUCAAAGGCAUCCUGGUCAAAAGACUGAAGAGGAAAACAAUGAUGGUUGGGAGACUGUUGGGAAGAAGCCUGCAAGAAAACACCAACAGCUAUGGGAGCUUGAUUACAACAGUUUAACACCUGGAAAUGACUAUGAAAUCGACUGUGGUGAAGGAAAGAAGGCAUAUCAAAAUCAAGAUAUGGCAGAAGGCAGCCUCGUCAAUUGGCUAAGUGAAGAUGUUCUAAAAAAACCUACAAUUUCUCGAUUCUAUUCUCCUUUAGAUAACUAUAGUUCACAUGAAGGGUAUACAGAACAAGUCACUUCUCAAGAGAAACAAGAACAACUCGGUUUCAUUGAAGAGAUCUAUAGAAUUGCACAUAUUAUAUACCUUUUUAAGUAUCUUUGGGCAAAGGGUAUUGUAUCCCAUGAUUAUGCGGAAUUUAAAGGGCUUUUGACAAGUCUUUGGUUUGAUUUAUAUGGUCGUGGUUGCACCUCUAGUUGUUCUUCAACUUUUGAACAUGUUUUUGUUGGAGAAAUCAAAAGUCGCGGGGAGCAGUCGGUUUCAGGCUUCCAUAAACUCGCGGGGAACAGUCGGUUUAGGGCUUCCGUAAUUGGCUACAGACAUUCACAAAGCGAUGUUAUAUUCACAGUGAAAGAAAACGAAACACAAGAACUCGAUCUUGAAGACAUUCACAAAGCUAAAAAGCAUAUGAUAAAGUUGACUCAAUCAUCUACUGUUAGAAAUCAGAAGGAAUUGAUCAUCUCUUGGGCUAAAAGUUUGGACAUGAACAGUAAGCAGAUCACACGAAUUGGGCUUCAUAAUUUGGAUUAA